AUUUGGUUUCACUUUCCAAGACAAAAUAUUUAGGAGUGUACAUCAGAGAGAACGAUUAGAAGAUCAUCUUGGAGUCAAGACACAGCAUCAUUCCAAGAUCCAUAAGAAAAUAUCACGCAUAUUUAAUGUUCAAGUCCCGUGGGUGGAGAGAGUCUCCAUCUGAGAGACGGAGUCAAAAGAAAGUUUCAUCCAAGCCCCUUCCAGUCAACAUGGCUACUCCAUUUAACUUUAGUUUUGAUAUUUCGAAUCAGCAGCCAAACAAGGAAUUGGGGAUGCAGCUAUCAGGGUCAUCAGAAGUUACAUCAAGACCAUCUUUUGUCUUGAACCAGCAACAGCCAAAUGGGGGAACAAGCAUCAGAAUGCCAUCAGAAGCUGCAUCAAAACACUUUUUUGUCUUAAACCAACAACUGCCAAGUGGGGAGAUGGGCAUCAGAAUGCCAACAGAAUUCCCACAAAAUUUAGUCACUGCACAGAAAGCUGAGAACCCUGGGUUUGCCCCGGUAUUCCAUGUAAAUCAUCUGGGAAAACAGGAACAACAAAAAAAGAAAAUAGAAAACACUUUAUACAGCCAAUAUGAAGAGAAGAUUCGUCCUUGUAUUGACCUCAUUGAUUCUCUGAGAGCUCUUGGAGUCGAAAAGGACCUGGCACUGCCAGCUAUUGCUGUUAUUGGAGAUCAGAGCUCUGGAAAAAGUUCAGUUCUAGAAGCAUUGUCUGGAGUUGCUCUUCCUAGAGGCAAUGGUAUUGUCACCAGAUGUCCCCUUGCCCUCAAACUGAAGAAAACACGCCAGGGCUGUGGAUGGAAAGGGAAAAUUAGCUACCGAGAUAUAAAUGAGGAACUCAACCAUCCUUCAGAGGUUGAAAAAGAAAUCAGAAAAGCUCAAAUUUCUAUUGCUGGUGAAGGGGUGGGCAUUAGCCAUGAACUGAUUACCCUAGAAAUUAGGUCUUCAGAAGUUCCAGACUUGACACUAAUCGAUUUACCAGGAAUUGCAAGAGUGGCUGUGGGUAAUCAGCCCCAAGAUAUUGGACAUCAGAUCAAACGGCUAAUUAAAAAAAUCAUUGCAAAGGAUGAGACAAUAAACUUAGUGGUGGUUCCAUGUAAUGUGGAUAUUGCCACAACAGAAGCAUUGAAAAUGGCUCAGGAAGUGGACCCUGAUGGAGAAAGAACACUUGGGAUCCUAACAAAGCCUGACUUGGUGGACAAAGGAACUGAAGAGGCUGUUGUGGAUAUAGUGAGAAACUUGAUCAUCCAUCUGAAAAAGGGAUAUAUGAUUGUGAAAUGUCGUGGACAGCAAGAUAUCCAGUCCAACUUGGACCUGGCCUCUGCAAUCCAGAAAGAAAAAGCAUUCUUUGAGGAUAACAGACACUUCAGAAUCCUUCUGGCUGAAAAAAGAGCCACAAUUCCCUUACUAGCUGAGAAACUUACAAGUGAACUUGUGGAGCACAUUAAUAAAUCUUUGCCCAAUUUAGAAGAGCAAAUAAACACACAGCUCCAAAAAGCAAAUCAAGACUUGCUGAAAUAUGGGAAAGGAAUGCCAAAAACUGAAGGCGAGAAGCUCAAUUUUUUAAUAGAAAAAAUCAAACUGUUUAAUGAAGAUAUCAUAAAUUUAACACAAGGAGAAGAAAAAUUGUCUGAAAAUGAUACCAGACUUUUCACCAAAAUUCGUAAAGAAUUUCAGAAAUGGGAGAAAAAACUUAAUGAGAGUGCAGUAAAGAUGCAAAAAGGCAGCCAUCUUGAAGUGCAGCGAUUUGACGAUCAGUAUCGUGGACGAGAGCUUCCUGGAUUUAUCAAUUACAAAACAUUUGAGUCUAUCAUAAAGCAGCUGAUAAUGGAACUAGAAGCACCAGCAGUUGAAAUGCUGAAGAAAGUAACAGAAAUGGUAUCGCAAGAUUUUACAAAGGUGGCUAAAGAUCAUUUUGCAGAUUUUCACAAUCUUUACAGAGCUGCUAAGGAUAGAAUUGAAGAUAUUAAAGAGAAACAAUUGGAGGAAGCUGAAUGUAUAGUGAGGACCCAGUUUGCAAUGGAACAGAUUUUAUACUGCCAGGACAAAGUUUACAGCCAAGACUUAAGUUCAGUACGGGAACAUACAGCUGCAGAAGAAAAACAUCCCUUAAAGAUCAAUUCUGUGGGCCUCUUAGUAUGCCUUUCUGAUGAAAAGAAUGCUUCAGUCAAAGAAAUGGCUUAUCAUUUGGAGGCAUAUUUCAAUAACGCAGGGAAACGUCUCUCCUGUCAGAUUCCUCUGAUUAUCUUGUUCUACAUGCUGAAGAAAAAUGGAGAUAAGCUACAAAAUGAAAUGCUGAAGCUUUUGCAGGUAAAGGAAGAGAUUGGCAAUUUCCUCCAGGAGCGUAAAGAUGCCGCUGAGCAGAGGCAGUUCCUAAGUGAGCGAAUUGAUCGGUUGACUCAAGCACGGCAGCACCUAGCAAAAUUUCCUGGUUAAAUGGAAGAUGUAUUACAGUACACCAUUUCUGAGAAGCUAUAUUAACUGGACCCCUAGAGAUAAGCUACAUCUCCAUUGUCUAAGAAGUUCAUAUUCUGUCACUUGCUGAUGCUCUGUUUGCUGUAGUUGGUUAAACCAAUGUGUUGCACAAAUCCUGUUUAGUUGAUCAGACAUGUAUUCAUAGACCAUAGUUUGUUCAAAAAUCUCAGUCUGCUGCUUGUGUUCUUUCCCACUUCCAAGCAGAAUCCCCAGAUACUAUCCCAAGCUCCCUUGCACUGCCACUUCUGGUGCAGCCUGCAUGCUAUUGACUACAAUGUGGGAAGGCUGCUCUUAGGGCAAACUAAGUGUAUUUUUACCCUUGCCCCCUCUCCCUCUUCUUGUUUCACCACAUUCCCUAACCUUGUUUCAUCUCAGGAAGCAACAACAAAGGGCAUUUUCUUUACACUGUGUGUAGUGCUAUUUACUGCUACGGUGCCCCCCCACCCCAGUAAUCUUUUUCUAAACUGAAAAGCCCCCGAUCUUACAAGGAAGGUUCUCCAGACCCUUGAUCAUUUUGGUUGCUAUUUUCUGUACUUUCAGUUGUAUGAUAGCCUUAUUGAGAUGGGGGGGCGGGACUAAAACAGUCCACAGAAUAUGUAGCCACACCAUAGGUUUAUAUUUAAAUCACUCCUAAUCAUUAUUAGCAUGAGAUUUACUUUCACUGCUGGAACAUCGAGUACAAAUUUUCACUGAGCUAUCCACCAUGCCCCCAAGAUCACUUUCAUGGCAGUUCAGAUAGUGACAGUUCAGACAGAUAUCAGUAUAUGAAGUUAAGAUCCCCCCCCCCCGUUUGCCACAAUAUGCCUGCUUUCUAGAGCUAUGUUACAGUCUGCCUCUGAGUUCCAUAACACAGUGGCAAGGCACACCAAGGUAGAGGGAGUGGCAUCAUCCUGUACUUAGUUCUGUCUUUAAUAAAGAGGACUCAGAAGCUUCAGGUGCAGAAUGCAGCCACCUAUUCUGAGCAUGUAACAGUUCUGACAAUUAACACGAUUCUGAAAGGAGUCCAUUGGCUUCCAGUUUGCAUUCAAAUUCAAUUCAUAAUGCCGGUCACCACCUUUAAAACCCUUCAGGGCCUGGGGUCCACAUAGCUGUGAAAUCACCACUCCUAGAAUAAGGCUUGUGCAAGCAGGAAACCUGCAAGACUUUGCAGGAAUCACUUCAGUUUUCCCUGUAUCCCCUUCCACACACCAUUUCUCCUUUCUAUCCUGCUGGCAACCCCCAUAGCCUCUCCUCUUUCCAUCCUCUCCUUCACAAUCACCCACCAACUGUUACCUGCCUCUCCUUCAGCUUUAUCAUUUAUUUCCUUCACUUACACCCUACCUUCCACCCUAAUGGUGACCCAAAGCAGCUUAUGUCAUUCUGCUCUCCUCUAUUUUAUCUUCACAA